AUGGCUGUAAAAGUCCAGAUAUUCUUUGCCGGACUUCUCGGAGUCUUCCUAGCUCCUGCCCUUGCUAGUUAUAAUAUCAACGUCAACGAUGACAACAACAAUGCUGGCAGUGGGCAACAAUCAGUGAGUGUGAACAAUGAACAUCAAGUGGCCAACGUGGACAACAACAAUGGAUUGAACCCCUGGAAUGCCAUCUGGGAUUAUGAAACUGGCUUCGCUGCAGUCAGACUCUUUGCCAAAAAGCAAUGCAUUGUGCAUGAAUUGAACAAGGAUGCUGUGCCCUCCAUUCAUGCCCUGGAUACACAGGUCAAGGAAAAGAAGCUUCAGGGGAAAGGACCAGGAGGACCCCCUCCCAAGAGCCUGAUAUACUCAAUUAACCCUGAACAAGUCCGUGAUCUGAAGAAGUUUGGAAGAUACAUCAUUAACAUGUGCAGAAAUGUUCCAACAUACAUGGCAGAGGAGACUGAAGGGGCAAGCCUGUUCUUUUCCGCAGAAAAUUGCUUCAGAGCUGAUAUAAUCUGGAUUCUGAAUAUUUCCUUCUGUGGAUCAAUAGUGGCGAACUAA